UACUUGCUGCCUGUUGAGCUCAGGCACCUGCAGCUAAAGAAGUUUGUGGCAAAAGUAGCUGAUAAGAAGGGGAAAACAGUUGAAGUGGAGAAGCAAGAGCAACUAGAUCCUCUUGCUGGAAAACUACAGCAACAGAGGUUAAAUGGCAUCACAGAAAGAGGUAUUCAAUGCAAAGUGGACCGAGCCUUUAACCGAUCUGUUUAUAAGUUUGUUGGUAGAAGAGGUCAAAAAGGGAAAUCGCACCUCUUCUACUUACAACAAAGCAGGGUGGAAUAACAUACGGGUCGCAUUCAAUAAUCAGACAGGGCUCCAAUAUAACCCACUACAGUUGAAGAACAAGGUGAACAAGCUGAAAAAACAGUAUGGUAGUUUUAAGAAGCUUCUUUCACAAUCCGGAUUUGGCUGGGAUAAUGUGAAUAAAACAGUUGUUGUGGAUGAUCCAAGCAUAUGGGAACCUCACAUCAAGGAUAAUAGUGAGUGGGCAAAAUUCAAGAAGGAUGGGUUUCCUCAGUAUCCCAACCUGUGUAUUGUAUUUGGUGAUACAUAUGCUACUGGGGAGCAUGCAAUAGGAAAUGCUGAAGACUUGAUGUUGUCAGAUGAUGACGAGGGACUAUUCAAUGGUGGUGGUUAUGCAAACAGUAAUCCAGAAGACAUCAGUGAACACCACCUUGAUGAGGGAGUAUUUACAUCUGACAAGACAACUACUCCACUUCAUGACAAGCACAAAUUGGAUAGGACUCCAAAUACAAAGAGGAGAAGAGCGAGUAAUGCAUUCAAUGUUGCCAGCACCUGCAAAGCCAUACAGGAUAUGAUCAAAGCUAGGGCUAGUCAAUCUAUGACUGGCUCUGUCACUUCACAGGUCACAUCACCACCUGUAGACCCCUACUCUGUAUCUGCUGUGAUUGAUGUCCUCGUUAGCAUGCCUAACUUGGACCAAAAUCUUUACACCAAAGCAGUGGAACGAGCAUGCGCUAGUGCUAGAUGGUGUGAGGCUUUCAUCAAAACCCCAACUAAAUGGAGAAAUGCACUUCUCCAAGCUCUUAACUAGAUGUUGGGAAUUGUAUCGUGGAUUGCGUAGGAUUUUCAUGACUUUGUGUUUCAUUUUACUCUAUGACUUAUGGUAUUGUUUGUUAUUUGGUUUUUAAACAUAUUCAUGUUGAGACUA